AUGGAGCAAUGGGUCCCACUCUUCGACAUCUUCCUCAACUCUCCGACGCCGGAAUCGGAAGCUUCGACUUGGCUGAGGCAAUCUUUCAGCGCCUCAUCGUCAACCGCCGCGCCGAUCACCACCGCCGCUUUCCUCUCGUUGCUGAUGAGACCGUUGGAGACAAUCGACGCUUCUUCCGGAGCUCCGAACCCGAAUAGGGUGAUGUUUAUACAGACUCUGCCGAAUAUGGUUCAGGCGAGGGUUUUGUCGUUUCUGGCUUUGGAUCGUGAGAGGUUUAGCAGCAGGGAGUUGGGUAAAUUGGCCAGGAAUGUUUUGAGUGGCGGAGAGGGGGUUGAUUUUUGGGUCCAGAAAUCUGCACACCACUUGCUCGACGUAAUGUCUGAGUCGAACUACGAGUGGAUUUCUUGUUUGGGUUUGGAUUCCGGGGAGGAGGAGGUGGAAGAUGAGUUUGAGUUGUUGCCAGGUUGGCUUAAGGAGUCGGCCGCUGAGAGUGAUUCGGUUCUGCCGUGGCUGCCUGUGUCGGCUGAGGAGUUGAAUUUGAGGAUGGUGGGUGGUGAGUGCGGAGAUGGUGGUGGUUCGUUGAGUCGAGAUCGAGGGGAUGAAGAAGAGGAUGUGGAUAUGGAUGAUGUGGUGGAGGAAAUGAAUGUUGAUUCUCUGGAAAGUGUUGAUAUCGGACAUGAAGUUUUAGAGAAGGCGAUUAGUUUGAAAGAGCGGGUUGUGAGUUUUGAAUCCACUUCGAAGACUGUGGGGUUAGCGGAUGAAAUUAGUGAACUUUGUGUGGGAAAAGGGGGAGAAUGUGUUGCGGUCUUGGGUCUGAUUGAACCUUGGUUAGCUGAUGAUGAGACUGCUUCGGUUCUACUUUCUCAUCUCGCAAGUGGAAGUGAGGAAGAGCUUAACUGGCCAAGCCAGGUUCUGUGCUCGAUCAUCCUGCCCAAGUUAUUGGUUCUUGAGGAGCCAGCCUCGCGUGUGCUAGUGACCGCAAUAGUAGAGUACUGCAAGAUAUACCAAAGGGCAGCUGAGUAUGCACUGUUGUUUCCACUGAUUCUCCGACAGGAAGGCAUCAACAAUCCUAUAUAUGAUGUGAUCACAAGGGUCAUCAAGGAGAGCUUGCACCCGGCCCAUGUCUCAUCUUUCUGUCAGAAGCUGCUGUGUGGAGAAAAAGAUGAGAGGAGAGUCAUUUGUCUUCCUUGCCACAAAUAUAUGAUAUCUGAUAAAAUGGUAUGGACAGAAUCAUUGUUUAGCCUACUGCAAAGCAUUUUGAAUCAUAAUAUUCAGUUUACACCGAGUUCAGUUGAUCAUAUUGUUUACCAGGUUCAGCAGUUGGCUGACUCAUUUUCUAACUCUCUGAAAUUUGGGAACUUUUUGUUAUGUUUAGUCACCAAAUGCUCUCCAUUGUUGAAGCCUCACAAGCUUGUGUUGACUAAAGUAGUUCAGCAAAACAGAACAUUCUUAGCUAAAUCUAUAUUAUGUAGAUUAGCUUGCUUGUAG